AGACGGCUGACCCGGGCCCUCCUCCACACCCCCUUCCUUCCUCGCCCCCUCCCUCUUCCCCAUACUCGAGAGCUCCGCUCGCUAUAAAAGACGGGAGAGCGGGGUGCCCCAGCAGCGACUGGUUUCAGCACCAUGGAGAGCGCCCGCCUUCGGCUGCUACCCUUCCUGGGCGCCGCCCUGCUCCUGAUGUUACCUCUGCUGGGCGCCCGAGCACAGGAGGACGCUGAGCUCCAACCCCGAGCCCUGGACAUCUACUCUACCGUGGAGGAUGCCUCCCACGAGAAGGAGCUGAUUGAAGCGCUGCAGGAAGUCUUGAAGAAGCUCAAGAGUAAACGUAUUCCGAUCUAUGAGAAGAAGUAUGGCCAGGUCCCCAUGUGUGAUGCUGGAGAACAAUGUGCAGUGCGAAAAGGAGCCAGGAUCGGGAAGCUGUGCGACUGUCCCCGAGGAACCUCUUGCAAUUCCUUCCUCUUGAAGUGCUUAUGAAAGGGCAUCCAUCCUCCUCCAUACUCCCCAACUUCCCUCCUUACUUACCUGAGAGGGUCACACCUUCAUCGCAGAGUUUGGUGUUAGCAGCAAAUAAAGUUGCGUUUCCCUCUGAGGGUGAAGGGGGCUCUUUUCUUGCUGUUUCAAAUAUAAAAGAACACAUUUGAUGUUACUAUGUGAAGGAUAAUGCCAAGUAUGGUGUUGAUCUGUGUGCAAAGUACUCCUUUGUUUUAUUUGUCUGAUGAACUCUUGUGUACCUUUGUGUAAAGAAAAGGAAACUUGCUUUGAAAACUGUAUUUUUGUAUGUGGCAUGGCAGAGUGAAAAUUAGAUCUAGUUAAACUUGGUAGAUGACAUCACAGCCUGGAAAAUAAAUAAUCCUAAGUAACAUGAAUUGAAGCAUGUACAAAUAUUACAUAAUAAAGUGUUUUUAAUAAUUGC